ACAAAUGAGAUCAUGGAGGUCACAUCUCAACCUGCAGCAUUCGAACCCAGAGACUUUCACACGAGCUUAAUGAGCUGCUGUGAUGACGUGGGCGUAUGCUGUUGUGGCCUCUUCUGCCUCCCGUGUUUGGGCUGCUCCAUUGCUAAGGACAUGAAUGAGUGCUGCUUAUGCGGCUUAGGAAUGCCGAUCCGAAGUGUAUACCGAACUAAAUACAACAUACAAGGUUCCAUGUGUAAUGACUGGCUCACCGUGUACUGCUGCUUCUCGUGUGCAGCCUGCCAGCUGAAGAGGGACAUCAACAUAAGGAAGAGUACUGGAACACUGAAACCAUGAGAACUGAAGGAGUUUCCGA